AUGUCAGACCCCCAACCAUCCCGCAAACGUUUAAUAAUCUGCUGCGACGGCAGCGGCCAAUCCGCCGUCUCAGGCAAAACCAGCGUCCCAUCCAACGUAACCCGACUCUGCCGCGCAAUCAGCAGCGUCGGAACCACUGACAAAACAUGGCAACAAAUUGUCUGGUAUGAUUCCGGAGUCGGAACAAAUGGCCAAGCCCCCGCCAGCAAAGACCUGGAAGGCAACGUUAUCGAAGCGUAUAAUUUCUGCGUGCUGAAUUGGAACCCCGGUGAUCAGAUUCUAUGCUUUGGAUUCUCACGGGGUGCGUAUACGGCGCGCGCUGUCGCGGGUCUGAUUUCCGAUCUGGGAAUUUGUUCAAAGGUUGAUAUUCAGGAUUUUCCCGAGAUUUGGAAAUUGUAUAAGAGUGGUCAUCCUGCGGUUACUGGUGAGAGGUUUUAUGGAAGCGAUGCUUAUUUUGAAUGGCAUGAUGGGAAGCCUGCGGAUCCCCAGCCUGUUGAGAGGCAGGGGGAGAAGAUUGUUGAGGUUGUGGGUGUUUUUGAUACCGUUGGGGCUCUUGGAUUUCCGGAGGUCUUUGGGUAUGAGGUGCCCAAAUGGUUGACGAGGACGGACAAGCCCGAGUGGCAUAAUGUUGGACUUUCUCCAAAUAUUAGACAUGCAUUCCAGGCGCUCGCCUUAGAUGAGCAUCGUGCUGUAUUCACUCCGACACUAUUUUAUGUUCCAAUCGUGACGAAAGCUUUGCCUGGGGAUAUUUUGAAACAGCAAGAAGUCCACAAGAUUGCGACGAAAGCAUGGUUGGAUCUUUUGUUGACUGAAAGACCAACCAUUGAUGAAAUCAACCGUGUGCUGAAAGCCAAGAAUGAAGCCUCGCGCAAACUUCUCGAGAUGGAAGAUAGUCAAAAGGACCCCUCAAAGCUGCUCCAAGUCUGGUUCCCAGGAGUUCAUGUCAACAUCGGUGGCGGGUCGACCCUCACCUUGGAGAACAAGGGCAAUAUGGAAGAAAUGUCCAACAUCGUAUUCGCCUGGAUGCUGGAUCAAAUCAAAGGCUUCGUCUCCCUGAACGACGAAGUGUUGCAGAAAGAUCAACUCGCCCGUCGGAACCGCUUGUCCAAGAUAAACAAUUCUCUUCACUGGUACAAUGAGCGCAUGAAGCAGCGACAAAGUGAAUCGUGGGGACAAUGGCUUCGACGUGGUAGCGAGUGGGUAACUUCAUCCAUCUUGCAUCCCCUCACGCCCAGCGACAAGCCCGCUUAUAUGCAUGAUCGCGUCUAUACCUGGGGCCUUGGCGACCUGCCAGACAACUUUGGAAUUGUCUAUAUUGCCAAUGGGUCUCGACCACGAACUCCAGGCCGAUAUGCAAUUGCAAAUGGACAAAAGCUCGGUGAGACUUUCGAGCGCAUCCACCCUGUUGUUGGAUACAGAGUGGAGAAAAUACAGAGCGGUCCAAAGAAUCAACAGUAUCGGCCCAUCUGGCUGGUGGGUGAUAACUAUGAGCGCCGGAGGAAAGGUGGCAAGUAUGAAUACCGCCUGAGAUACCCUGGGGCCUCUGAAGAUGAAGUCCUGCCUGAGUGGGAGAUGUCUGCAGAUGUCAACUCUUAUGAGCGAUUGGCGAUUGAAGGAGAUUCAGCUUAUGACUAUGUUGAUGCCUUGGACUUUGAGUUGGGCAGAGACAUCAAGACUCCUCGUUCGCGACUUGGGUGGGGUGACCGAACUUCCAGUUAA